AUGAGAAAGGGUAAGAGGAGACGGCCAGACGCCAGGCGCUGGGGGUCCUCUUCGAAGAACACCAGCUCCCAGUCCACCCCGCAGGACACCAGUUACGACUCCCCUCCACAGCCCUCUGGCCUGCAGCCCACUCCGCUGAACCCUGGCUCGGACACCAGCUCACAGCCCACCAGCCUGGAGUCCAGCCCCCAGAAUUCCACGCCCCCCAAUCUCCCCACUCUUCCUGAUCUCCCUGCUCCCCAAGACAGCGCCCCGACUCAGUCCUUCCUGCCUGUGGACCAAGAUGCCAGAGCAGCCUCUCCAGCUAAGUUAUCAGGGCGUCUGAUGCAUGUGGGCCCAUCCUGCGCCUGCGUGCCCUGCCCAGGCAGCUCUACCUGCUGGCAUCAUCCAGGGCAGUGUCAUGGCCGCAUCCACGAUGCCCUGAUGCCCCGGGACUGGCAUCCCCUCUCUGGGAGAGGAAUUCCAAGUCUCCUGACCAUCUACAGGUUCUGA